AUGCGCCGGCGGCGGAAAGGAACGCCGGCGAAGCACAAAGAAUGUCUAAGGAACCCCGCGGCCAGCAUCGGCGGCAAUGCUUUUGACGGCUGUGGUGAGUUCGUGCCUGGGGGAGAAGAAGGCACAAUCGAAGCGUUAAAAGAUGCGGCUCCUGACUGCCACCGUAACUUCCACCGGAACGAGGUGGAUGGGGAGACUCAAUUUGGUCCGAGUUCGCGAAGAAAUCCGCUCGUCCUUCAAAUGCCACCACCACCACCAUGUGUUUUAUCCAAGAAAAGGUUUAGGACCAAACUCACUCAAGAGCAGAAGGAUAAAAUGAUGGAGUUCGCAGAGAGGAUCGGGUGGAGGAAGAGGAGGUGGAGCAGCAUUAAUGAGAAAAUGAACCUGCAAUAA